AUGCCAAACGAAAAGGUCCUCACAUCUUUAUCGACUGGGGCAAGUUCGGAAGCUGGAAGUAUGACUGAUGAUUUCCGUCUCAAGGAAAAGCUCUACAAGGUCAAGGGUCUGUGGUCUGGAGAGGAAAAGGACUCUGAAUCGAGCUUGCCUUCAAACGUUGCCAAAGUGAAACCACAACCACAGUCUGGAACUGAACACCUACAGAAUGAUGGAAAAGCAGCAGCCAGUGUCCCUAAUGGUUGCCAUACUGCUCCUCCUAAAAGCCCCGGGAUUGCGCCUUUUCCCGGUCUGGGUGGUUUCAUGUUUUCACCUUUCCCGGUGAUGUUUGGAGAUGUGUCAAUGGGACGAGGCUACACUUCUGUCGGUUCCGUUCUUCAACCACUUAUUCCUCCAUCCAAUGCAUCUAGUCCUCCCAUCGGUCAACCACUUUACCAGCAACCCCCCUCUCUUGCCGCUAAUGGAGCAAUGAGCCAACGUCCUCUUCCAAUACGUUCCAAUUAUAUGGAUCAGAACGCGAUGUUUGCUGCUAGUCUUCCAGCGUCGCAGAACGUUUCAUGGAAUAUCGGCAACAUCGGAAGCAUGUUGGAUAGCGCUUGCAAUGCUGCUUUGUCGGGUACUCCAUCUCCACAACUUGCUGCAACUCAUAUCUCAUCCUCUGUGCAACAUCCACCACCGAAUAUGAUACUGCAACAUCGUGGACCGGCUCCUGCUUCCAUGGCACAGAAUCAUUCGCAGUCCCUCGCUCAUGGAUACGGAGUGGGAAAUUUGGCAGUUGCCGGAGGACAUUUGGGGCCGCCACACCCUCCGCCAAAUGUAGGAGCACCAACAACUUUGGUUCCUCCACCGCCAAUCCCUCCUCCUGAGCUGAUGAAUAUCCCCCCUCCGAUUGGCAGUCAGCGUGUCGCGCCCGUGACGAUACAGUAUGCAGGAUUUCCUCCGGCUCCACCUCUCAAUCAUGCUGUUCAUCCCUCGCAUAAUUUCGCCCAACCACCUCCGAAUGUCAGGUUCGCUCAUCCUCCUCCACCCCCAAAUCAGGAUUCUCAGUGGGAUAAUGGAUUAGCACGCACUUUUGUGGGAUCGCGGCCACAGUUUGCUACGUUCACAAAUAGCUCUUCAUCGCGUUCUUCGUCGCAGAUGAAUGCAGGUCUACAGGGAAACAGAUGGGGAUUGAAUAGUAAUCGAUCUAGUCUCUCUGGGUCAUCUCAAGUAAGAUCUACGAAAAUGCCAGCAGCUUGUGUCGGUAGAGCCCCUUGUACCAGUGAAAAUAUUGUGGAAUGUAAAUCGUCCGUCAACAUAACUUCACUGAAGACGUGUUUGGGACAAGGAUCGCGUGGGACUUAGAUUUUCCUCUUGUCCACGUUGAGUUUUAUUUGGUUUUAUCUCUCUGAGGCAUAUUUCGACUUUGUGUUGUCGCGAGUUUUAGCGGAUGUUUUAUGCAUUCGAGUUCACGUUUUAGUGAAUUGUUGAAACACUAGUUGUUGAGUUUUUAAUGUGGGUACUUUACAAUUUUCUGUAUCUUGGAUUUUUACCUUGUACUUUACUUCUUAUAUAAGAAUCCAAAUGAUCUUCCCCUCCUACUUGUCUUCGUGAUCGAGAGAAUUUUCUUCUGUGAACUUAUAGCGGUCAUUGUUCAAAGUUUCAUGCGACUACCGUUUUACUACUUAGCGAUUACAAAUAGUUUUUAAGGCUUGGGGUUUGAAUUCCAUUCUUUUACCUAUUUAUACUCCAGCUCAACUUGAAUCGUCCAUUUUAUGAACGCAGCUGAAUGCGUGAGAAGUUUAUGAAACGAUUUGGUAAACAAGACGCUUGUAAUUUGGGAACGUUGUCCGUUGUCAUCUUUUUGAAGGUGGAGAAUAAAAUAAAAAACUCAAGUUG